AUGUUCGAGGAGGAUGUUAAUAUAGAGGAGAAAAAGGAUACGGAUGGAGAUGGUCGGGUCAUUCAAGAAGGAAGAUACAGGGAUGAGCAAAUUUUCAAUGUCGAUGAGUCCGCGUUGUUCUGGAAAAAAUGUCCAUCCAGAACAUUUGUUGUGGCGGGAGAGGCUUCGUCCAACGGCCACAAAAUCACCAAGGACCGUCUGACGCUGCUCCUAGGUGGGAACGCAGCCGGCGACUUUAAGCUGAAACCAAUGCAUGUGUAUCGUUCUGAGAAUCCCAGAGAUCUCAAACAUGUUCGGAAGGAAGAUUUACCCGUGAUUUGGCGCUUCAACGGGAAAGCGUGGGUCACCAAGGUCUUAUUCCAGGACUGGUUCCUUAACUAUUUCUGUCCUGCCACCAAGGAAUACUGCCGAAAGAAGAGGAUUGCUUUCAAAAUUCUCUUGAUUCUGGAUAACGCUCCGGGACAUCCAGACGGGCUGUCCGCAUUGAAUCAAAGUGUCCGAGUGACAUUUCUGCCGCCCAAUACGACUUCUAUGAUCCAGCCUAUGGAUCAGGGGGUCAUUUCCACGUUCAAAGCUUACUACUUGCGACGGACCCUUGCGCAAGCGAUUCAAGAAACACAGGAAAAAGGCAUAACGCUCAUCCAAUUCUGGAAGAAUCUGAAUUUGAAGACCGUGAUUGUUAACAUCAGUGACGCAUGGAACGAAGUCAGCUCGAGGAACAUGAGGGGAGUGUGGAAGCACAUUCUGCCUCAUUGUGCGAACGUAACUGUUGAUCUGGAUGAUCAAUAUUCUCGAGCCAAUGACGACAUGCUGGAUGCGGUGCGUCGAACGGGCCUCUCAGAUAUCGAAGCGAUCGACAUCGAUGAAUUUGUCAACCUCAGGCCGGAGCCACUCGACAACGAGUCCCUCGACACGUUCGCUGUCGACCAAGAUCGCGAGCACCUCGAAGAGCCUACGCUCGAUGAAGUUCUUACGAUAGUAAGGAUGACCGACGAGCUCUCGGCACACAUCCAGCGCGUUGACUGCAAGCUCCAACGGGGUCAACUCGCUAGUCAUAAUUUGAAAGAAUCUGUUCGUGUCUAUCAAGAGCUAAGCAACCGAAUGUCGCAGCAAAAUCAGUGA